UCCACUUGAUCGCAGGGUGAUGUUGCCAGCUGACCACAAAUACCGACGACUCCCCGGUUCAUCUGAUCAGUCACCACUGAGACCUUGUAUAUACCCUUAUACCCCCCUUACCUCUUUCUCGGAGCGCAAACACCAAGUGAAAUCAUCCAGAAAAACAAACAAGAUGGCAUCCAUCCAAGCCUCCAGACCCAACCUCACCACCAACGACUCCGCCGUCCUCCAAGCCCUCUUCGACGCCGAGUCGUCCCCCUCCAACGCCAUCACCAUCAACGCAGCCCUCCCCGCCUAUCCAGCCCACGUCAACAUCACCCCCGAUCUCCUCCAAACCCUUCAGGCCCGCGAGAUCUCCAUCAUCCGCACCCUCCAGUCUGAAUCCACCUCCAUCUCAACUAUCCAACAAGCAAUCCAAGACCUCGACGCCCUUAUCGCCGAAUACCCAACCUAUCCAUCUGCAUACGUCAACCGCGCUCAAACUCUCCGUCUGCUUAUCAAUACCACCACAGCCUUAUCUUCUUCCUCCGAGCAAGAUAAGAAACAAGACGAAGAUGAGAAGCUUUUCGCUCCCGAAAACGCUGAAUAUGCGUCCACGUUACUCGGCGAUCUGGGACGGGCAAUUGCGUUAGCGUCGCCAGUGUCGCCAGCUGAUCCGGUGUCGACGGUCCAGGCGCGCUUGUUGGCCGAUGCGCAUACGCAUCGCGGGUAUCUGUUGUUGAAGGCGGCGAGGGUGAAAAAGGAGAGUAGUGGGGAAGAUGCGGAUGGGAAGCGGGUUGGUGGGCCGGAUCGAUUGCGUGGAGUGGAGCCCGGCCAGUUGGAGGAUAUGGCGAGUCGGGAUUUCUUCUUUGGAGGAAAGUAUGGGAAUAAGGUUGCGCAGCAGUUGGCGGUGCAGACAAAUCCGUUUGCGAAGAUGUGUGGGGCGAUUGUGAAGGAGGCGUUGAGGAAAGAAGUGGUGGGGGAGAGUGCGGUGCGGAUUUGAAGGAAGUUUAUCGAGGGGAAGCAUGGCUUUAGAGUUUGGUUGCAUCUGGUUUUAAGUUUCAUACCCAUUAUGAGAAAUAGAGACGUUGGAAUUGGAUUACUAUGGUUGAAUACAUGACUACGCUGGUAUUUGGAUGUUUACCUUCUUCGUGACUUGAUCAUUCUGUGCCCUAGUGGUCGUCCUGGCACAUCGUGUCCACAUCCACUGACUUGUUCGGGUUCUUGAAGUGCCUCUGCAGGGGUUGCCA